ACCCACUGCAACAUCAAUUCUUAAUAAUGCUUCGACUUUCGUUAAUUUUAAUCCUCAUGGAUUUACUCAUCUGAAUGAUGAAUCUCUAUUCUUUCCAGAUUAUAUUCGACCUGUGAUAUUGUUGGGCAAUGAUUCUUCGAAGAUAUUAUUUCGUAAUGCUGUUCGAUACUUAUCAGCAGAUGGAAGUUUAGAACAUACAUUUCAAUUUAAUUUUUCUAAUGAAUCUGGAAAAAACAGUGGAGUUGGACAAGGCAUUGGUUUUAUGGAUGUUAAAAGUAUUCCAAAUGAUCCACAAAAACGUGCAUACUCAUGUGGUACUAAUGAUAACAUAUUAGAUUUGAUUGGAUCAUGA